AUGCAGCCGACCGCAGCCGCUCCCGCACGUCCGUCGAUCUCCGACUACACGCUGCUGGAGUUCCUGGGCGAGGGGGCCACUGCGCAGGUCUACUUGGCCGAACACGACGCGUCCAAUGCGCGUGUGGCGAUCAAAGUGAUUGACAAACUACUGGUCCAGCGGUCGCAGCUCGAGGGCAAAGUGCAGCAGGAGAUGGUCCUCCACGCGGAGCUGCAGCACCCGCACGUGCUGCGCGUCGAGCGCGUGUUUGAAGACGCGCGCAACUAUUAUAUGGUAUUAGAGCACUGCGCGCACCGGUCGCUGUCGGCCAUUGUCAAGACACUGCCGGGCCGUCGACUGGACGAGUCGAGGGCGAAGACGCUCUUCCGUCAAGUGGUGUCAGGUGUCGCAUACUUACACGCGAGCGGUGUGAUCCACAGGGACCUGAAACUCGCCAACCUGCUCGUGCAUGGAGACGGUGGGGUCAGGAUCUCGGACUUUGGCCUCGCAGCGAGACUCGGAGAGGACCACGUGACAAUGUGCGGUACGCCGAAUUUCAUUGCACCCGAAGUGCUGACGGCGCCGGACGAGCCGUACGACGCUGCGGUCGAUAUUUGGUCCCUCGGGUGCAUAUUGUACUGCUUGUUGCUGGGCAGAGCGCCGUUCGAAGGCCGUCGAGUUAGUGAAACGCUGGAGAACGUGGCGAACGCAGCACAGCAUCCGCUCCAGUUUCCAGACGGGUUUUCGUCCUCGGCGAGCGACCUGAUCAAGCGGCUGCUUAGUCCGGUUCCACACUGCCGUCCGUCAGCUCAGCAAAUUCUGACUCACACGUGGCUUCGUGGCGAGACUCGGAAGCGUGCACCGCCUCAGUCUUGUGCUCGACGCAAGUCGUCAGUUUGGAUACCUCCGCACCCUCGAGCGUUGUCCCGACGAUAUACUGAGAGCUUGCGCGAAAGCGGCAAAGGUGCUGCACUUCGAUCGGGAACUGAAGCAAACCGUCCGCUGCCAUCCGUUAGGCUAACGGGUCCCUCAAAGACUCGAUCGCGACGGUCAUCAGGAGACCCGAAGGCCGGUUCUCAAGAACGUAGACAGCUCGAAGCUUUUCCAAUCAGGACGGGAACCUCAAACGUGCAAUCGAUGCCGUUUGUUCUCGGGACCACCAGUGGUGACAGCAGUGUCAGCCUCGACUAUAGCAGCCGAAGUGACGGCUGCAGCGAUUUCUCGGCACUACCGUUGUCAGCGUCCACCAUCAGCAGUGACGACGAGCGGAUCGAGGGAAGGAACAAAGUGUUGAAUGGCCAGACGGAUGAAGCCGUCUCCGAAACGACUGAGGGGUUCACUUCAGUGGUUGUGCAUGUAGAACUGCAGGACGUGGAGUGGCUCGGGAUCCUUCAAGCGCGAAACCAAACGCUGCGCAGUGCAAAAGUGGCGUUGCAGUGGAGCUGCAACGAGUCGGCUGAAGUUGGUCGGCCACCGACUUUUCGGUUGGACGUGUCAAACGGGUGGAAAGCUUCCUACGACCCAGCGACUGGGACGCUCGUGGCCACCACAGCAGAAGGUGAGUCGAUGCGGUACGACAUUCCGGGCGUACGAAGUUCACGAGCUGAUUCGGUUGCAGUCUGCGGUCCAUCACCUUCACGCUUUGCCCAGCGGACACUUUUUCCACCACUGGUUCGGCUGUGUCAGUGCCUCGCGCUGCGCACGAUGCAGUUGCGCCGAAUAGCUCUUCGCAGUGCAGUCAGCAAACUUCCGUUUGUGCAUUACGACACUCUGCCCGCGUCGUUGUUGACGUCAUUCCGAAGUCGCUCCUCACUGCUUCAACGAGGCUUUGGCGACAAGUUCCGCCUGCAUGAAGCCACAACCGUAUCAUCGGAGGAUUGGACGGAGACUCAGCGAGCAGUGGACAUUGCUGGCCUCGGGCGCGGAUACAUUGACGCAAGUGGCGACUUGACAGUCGUGUACGUCGAUGGAGCUCAGCUCACGUUAGCCGCCAGUGGUCAGCGACUGUGGUUCGUACCUUCGUGGGGGCUGAAGCACUCUCAUGGGGAGAUCGGUGCUCGAGGGGACGUGUUUGAGCUGCUCACCGCCGGAAGUCGGUCUUCGUUCCUUCCGUCGGCUGUCAAGCAAAAGCUCGAGAGCGUUCCCGAGUUCAUCAGACGUCUCAAAGGCGGUAGCCAAACCUCAUGA